AGAAUCACGAAUAUUUACGUAAUACUUAAAGUUCUAAAAAUUAUUUUAGAUAUUAAUUUUCAUGUAAAACAAAAUUAGUGUCUAAAUGAUGUCAACGUUUUUCUUUUAUUCGCUUGCAUAUUUCUUAUUUUCGAGUUGUGUUGUCUAUCCACCUAGUGAAUUUGUAUCAGCUGGAUUAACUAUCAAGAAUAUUUUUGCAAAUUUAUUGGGCAACGAAAAUGAAUUUUUUAUACAAUAUCACAUAAAACGAAGUAUCGUUACUGUACUUGUUCAUUCAGUACUUCCUUUUGGAUAUUUAUUGGGUCUUAUUUUAACUGGAAAUAUUGAUGCUGAUCAAGUUUUGGUGGAUAAUGGAAAUCCAUGGUGGUUGAUUCUUAUUGUCUGUACUCUUCUUGGUCCUUUGUUUUUACUAUAUAAAAUUUUACAAUGGUCUUCAAAUAAUUGGUCGACUUAUCCAAUAGCUAAAAGUCUUGCAGUUUAUUGUAACAAUACAACAUGGCAAUCUGUUGCAACAGAUAUAAAUAUUGAAUUUUCCCGGGUAAAUACAAUUACCAUCAAUACAAAUAGUAUAACAAAGGUGGUAGCUACAGAUAAUUGGAUUAUAAAAGUUACUCCUUAUCAAUUAUAUUUUGCUCACCAAAGUGAUACAUCAUUAAUUGUCAAUAAAAGUGAUACUCAUAAUUUAUCAUCAAGUACAAGAGGAAAGAUUCAAUACAUUAGUAUUAAAAUAACUCCAAACCGAUCUGGUGCCAGAGCUUUUAAUAUUAGAUUGAAAGCUUUAGAUUUUAAAAACUUACAAGAUAAAAUAACUCGACCAAUUAUUGUUCUUGAAAGUGUAGUGUUUCACAGAACUUUAUUGGAUAAAUUUAUUGAAAUUUUUAAAGAACAAAUAGCUCAAAAUCCAGAAUUUGAAACUACUCAGGAAUUAGAUCAAUGUAUGGGUUGUAUGCAGGUCAUUCCUAAUAUAAAAUUAAAUAAGCUAUGUAGUAAUAACGUUCUUGUACAGGAUCCAUGUGUUUCCUGUUAUUGUCGUCCAUUAUGGUGUGUCGAUUGUAUAGCAAAAUGGUUUGCCUCUAGACAAGAUAAAACAGCACCAGAAACUUGGUUAUCUUCUAAAUCUACUUGUCCAGUGUGCAGAGCAAAAUUUUGUAUAUUAGAUGUAAGUUAUGUUAAAAAAGUAGAUUCAUAAUAUUGCA